GGAAAAAUCUCCUCCUCUCAUGACAGCCGGCAGUAAGCCUUGCUUGAUUCUCUUACAUCUACAGGUCAUCAGCAAACAUGGGCAGGAUGCUUUUUCUUCUCACUCCUCUCUUAGGAGUUGUUUUCUGUAGUCAUGGUAAGCUGUCUGGACCAGAGUUAAUAGUAAGCGUCAGACCGGGCGAUAACAUCACUCUUCACUGCGACUGCCAAAGAUCAAGCGGCAAAUUCAUAGCUUGGUUUAGGAACUGUUCUCAUGAGAACCAGCCUUCACUCAUUCUAAGGACAAACUACAAAUAUGAUCCAUCAUACCUUGAGGACAAAGUAAACAUUCUCAAUCCAUUCCCUCGUUUGCAUUUAGUGGAAAACCAGUCUUCUGACUCCUAUGACCUGUUGAUCAUGAACACUACUGAUUCUGAUGAAGGUCUCUACUACUGUGGAACUGAACAGAAGGAGGUUGACACAUUUCCUCAGAAAUAUAUUUACAAAUACGGCAACAUCACAACCAGGAUUCUGCUGACCUCCACUGUGACUUGUCAUGACAUCCACAAACCUCAGGAGGACUGUAGCCUGUGCUGGAAGCUGCUUUUCACUCUGUGUCCUUUUAUUGUUGCUCUCUUCUCUCUCUUCUCCUCUGUACUCUUUUACCAGCUUCGCCAAAAAAUAGAAAAUAAUAAAUCUCAAGAUGACAUGAAGACAACUGAAAGCCAAAGUCACAUAAAACAGGAUGAAGAUGUGUGUUAUGCUGCUCUGGAAAUUCGUCAAGCAUCACAGAGACCAAAAAAGAAGAAAAUUCAAAGUUCAGACUUUAGCACAUAUUCCUCCAUCAAUACUUCCCAGAUAUAAGAAUAUUCACAUUUAAAAAUAUGAUAACAAGGUAGUUUUCUACCACAUUUAAGAUGAAAAGCAAAUGAUAGAUUUGCACCUUCUUGUUUUAUCAGCUUUUCAAACCAACUUUGACAUGCUGUUCACAAACCCGUGAUUUUAUCUUGUUUUCAGUCGCUUUGGCUGAAGACCUUUGAUGACUUGAUAUUGUUGUACUGCUUAAUAGAUUCCUCACAGCAGAUAUUUCCAGAAGUAAACUGUGUUGAAUUAAUAGCGGCAUAAAAAGAGAAUGAAGUUUGCCUAGUUAGUUCAAAUAAAGUUGUACUGUGAAGGAAGAUUACCGACUAAGGAAGUGUGUUAAGCCUAAAUAGAGCAUUGUGAGAGAAAAACGUACAUGAAUUGAAAUGGCGAUACAGUAAAUUAAUGAUUGUGUAACUGACUGAUUGCAACUGUUUUUGUAAUAUUGACUAAUGCAGCACAUUAGAAAUCUUUCAGUCUAUUUGUAGACAGAUUAUUCAAUCAGUAAAUGUAACUUUUUGAUUUGUCAAAAACUAACAUGAAUUUAACAUUUCCCUCAUUUUGGGGUAAUGUCUGACCUGAAUGCGCUUCAUUAGUAUGUCCAUAUUACUUUAUUAUAUUUAAUUUGAUGUAGUCAAAAGUUUAAUGGUUUAAUGAGAACCGGUGAAAUGAUAAUCAGCACUCAGUCUGUUGAGUGGUAAAUUAAUGCAUUACCUUGGCUAAGUGACAGUUUUCUGCAGCAUGCAUAAUUUCCCUAGUGUUGUAUUUGCUGUUGUAGUUUUUCUUUGUAGAUUUCUAUCGUCUAUUUCUCUUAUAAUGUCCCAUCUAAAGUAGAUGGCAUUCAGUCUGUCCAUUUUUCGAGCAACAAUAGUCAAACCAUUCCUCAAAUACCCCCUUUUAUGUGAGUGUGCAUCGAGCCUGAAGUCUGGGUUAAGGGUGAAAGUUAUGUUUCCAUUUAUGUUUUGUCAGUGCAAAUAAAACCUGGCUAUGGUCAGCCUCUAAUCAUACAAUAUUUGCGGGCCGAAACAAAUUAGAGGAGUGCAAAAAUUAAGAAGGCAAGGCAAAUAAUACAGGCUUCACGAUUUAUCUUAUCAGAUUUGUCUUAAUAAUGCAAAACUGACUUUGAAUCCAAGACCACAUUUGCCUCUUGGUUAGUUUUACAGUUGAGUUUGAAAUUUCUUGUUUUCUGUUUUAAAGGAAUUGCAUUAGUAAGUAUCUUUUCAUCUCUCUGAAUGCUGAAAUGAUUGAUUUCUGACAUUGUUUAUUUACUUGUUUUUUAAUACUUUGAAGUUCUGUUUUACUUUUUUUUACUGUCAUCUUUUAUUAUGUUUUAAACUGUAAAGCAAUGUUGUUUUUAAAUGUGCUUGUUUAUAAAU